AUGGAGAGAUGUCUAUCCCUGGAUGAUCUGACUCACCUGGUGGGACCACUGACAGAGGCUUCAGUGCUGAGGGCCCUUCAUGGCCGUUUCUUAGCUGAGAGGUGGCAGACAAAAGCUGGGCCUGUGGUUAUAUGUGUAAACCCCUUCCUGAGGUCUCCAGGCCCUGUGGUUCUCUGUGAUGACUGUGCCCUUUCCCCCAGGCAUGAACUAGCUAUGUUAGUGAGGGAGGCCCUGUCAGAGUAUGCAGACACCAGGCAGUCACAGGUUAUACUUGCCAGUGGAGAGAGUGCCAGUGGUAAGUCAUACUGCACCCUUCGGGUUCUACAUGAGCUGUUUACCAUGGCAGGGGGAGGGACGGAGACGGACACUUUUAAGCACCUGUCUGCAGCCCUGACAGUCCUGCAUGGCCUGACAUCAGCCUCUACAGUUAGCACUCCAGACAGUACCAGAGUGGGUUUCUUUGUUGAAAAUUUCAUGUCCCGUGGUGCUAUCUACAAAACCCAUAUUCAGUGCUAUUUUGUUGAGCAGACGAGAACAACCCAUGUACCAGUCCAGGAGAAGAAUUAUCAUAUAUUUUACCAGAUGCUAGCAGGGCUGACACCAGAUGAGAAAGUGAAGUUCCACCUGGCAGGUUACAAAUUAUCUGACCUUCAUUACCUUAGUCAUGGUCCUGGAGACCAGACCAUAGCCUCUGACAAACUCAGAUUUCAGUGCUGGAAGAUGUCACUGGGGAUGUUAGGAAUCUCCUUCUCUGAUGUCAUUAGACUUCUGGCAGGGGUCUUACUGCUGGGAAAUGUGGAAUUUAUUCAAAAUGGUGGACAGGAGCCAGAGGUUAAAAGUCACAGAGAGUUUCAGGCAGUAGCUGCCUUACUGGGCAUACCAGGUGUUGUACUGUACAGAGGCCUAACAACUAAGACCAGAACUAUACGAGGACAGAUCUGUAAAUCAAGGGCCAAUGCUGCUACGGCUAACUGUGUUAAAGACCUCCUGGCACAGGCUCUGUACUUUAGAGGUGUGGCGUGCCUAGUGAGAAAAGCUAACACCAGAUCUUAUGCUACCUCAGAGUCAGGCCAGAGUACAGACAGCUCAGAUUCACACUUACCAGAUCUGAGUAGUCUUAGCCUGGGAAGCUCAGAAGUCUUUUGCAAGUCUGCUUCAGGAGGGUUUAUUGGAGUUUUAGACAUGUUUGGAUUUGAAUCAGUCCAGGUAAAUCAACUGGACCAGCUCUGUAUAAAUCUGUGCGCUGAGAAGUUACAGAAUGUGUACAAUACCUUCAUGUUCAAAGCUCCGAUGGAGGCGUGUCUGGAGGAAGGGGUCAGGCUUAAUGUUGAUGUCAUCUACAGGGACAACUCAGCACUUAUUGAGCUCAUAGCUUCUCAGUCGACAGGCAUACUGAGUAUUCUUGACGUGGAGGGUAGAUAUGCUCACAUCAGUCCCGAGGCUUUGGUGAACCGGGUCAAAGUGCAACAUAGAAACAAUGACAGGUUGUUUCAGCCAGCUAACAAAUCCCAGAUGUUUGGGAUCUGUCAUUUUGGUGAUAAGGUGGUUUAUGAUGCCAGAUGCCUACUGCACAACAACAGGGAUUAUCUGCCAGAUGAUAUAGUCUGUCUGUUUGACCAGUAUAACUGCAACUUUGGCUUUGCAGCUCAUCUUUUUGCAAAGGAGCUUUCAUUAUUACAUGGUCCUACGGGUGCAGUGUACAGAAUUUCACCAGGUUUAGGAUCAAACCGUGAAAGACCAGACUUCCCUGGCACACCUGCUAUGGAUUUCUGUUACAGGAUGAACCAGUUACUAGAAGUCCUCUACUACACAAAACCUCAUUUUAUCAGGUGUAUCAAGAGCAAUGACAGAAAAGAGAUGAACCUGUUUGACAGCUGCUCAGUUUUAAGACAAAUCAAGUCACUUGAAGUUCUGGAGACCGUCAAGUUAAUGGCAGGCGGUCUUCCACAUAGGCUUGGCUAUCGUCAGUUCAACAGUCGCUACAGGUUGUUCCGCGGUGGACAUCCACAAGGUUCUCUUGGCAGUCCCCUCUCAGAAUGUAAGCUGAUAUUGAAGAGCUUUCUGGAGGAAGUUGACAGAAGUAAACUGCCAUACAUCAGUGUUCAGUGGGCACUUGGGAAAAAGCAUGUCUUCUUCAGUGAGGGAUGUCGUCAGCAGUUAGGAGCUGUGAGGGCAGAAAAGCUGCAUUGUAGCGCCAUGCUUAUCCAGGCUGUCUGGAGAGGCUAUUCAUUCCGAAGUAAAAAUCAAGCCAUGUGUAAAUUCCCACUUAAGUCUGGGAGAGAAGACAAUAAAUCUACAGGCAUACAUGAAAAUCUGGAUAGCUAUUCAUUUAUGGAUUUGCCUGGUCAGCAUAGAGAAUUCCCUUCCUAUAUACAGGACACAUGUCAGCAGCUUGGCUUACAGAUGGAUGUUGCUCCACCAGUACCCAACAGAAGGAAUUACACUGUGUGUGGUGAUAUGAAGGUGUACUACCCUCAGAUCAGAGUGCUCAGUCAGAGUUAUCAAGAUCCUGUGUCAGGUCAGGUGUUCCAGCAGGGGCAAGAGGUGGAAGUAAUGGGUGAAGCAGAUAGAUUUGGUUACCUGCGUGUUAAUCAUCAUUCAUCACAGGUGCAUCUCCCAUAUCAUCUCCUAGAGAUAAGGGAUCAGCCUUCUACCUUCCACUUGGAUGUUUGAUUUGACUAGAUUCAAGAAAUUGGGGCUAUCUCUGGAUAGUACUCUUUCAACACCAUGGAUUUAUUUAUGCUGAAGCUAUCAGUGAAACAGUCUUGGCAUAUGUUUAUGCCAAAUUAAUAAUUUGAUGGGAAUUAAAUUUGUCCUUGUUUCAUUCAGCUGCAGAUGUUUUUUUUUUGUCUGUAUGUACAAAGAACACAUUAUCAUGAGUAGUAUUUUGUAUCUACUCCAAUUCAUCAACUAUUUUACUUAUGAAAGA